GCUGUCUCACCUCCCUCUCCUCCUCCCUCUCCUCCUGCUCCUCUCCCCCCUCCCCUGUACCUCACUGUCAUGGAACUCCACCCAUGGAGAUCCAGUCCCCCCCCCCCCCCGCCUGCUGUGGCUGCGGCAGGUCCGGUUCUUCAGGACCGGCCGUUCGUGGUGGUGUGGAACAUGCCCACAGCUGGAUGUCAGAAACGCUUCAACAUCCACCUGAACCUGCAGGACUUCGACAUCGUGGAGAACAGACAGCAGAGGUUCCAGGGUCAGAACAUGACCAUCUUCUACCGGGACCGCCUGGGGAGAUAUCCGUACCUGUCCAGAGAUGGCAGGAAGGUCAACGGAGGAGUACCUCAGCUCGGUGACCUCACGGCGCACCUCUCCCUCUCAGAGGAGCAGAUCUCCGGCCUCCUGCAGCCCAACUUCUCAGGUUUAGCCGUGAUCGACUGGGAGGAGUGGCGGCCGCUGUGGGAGAGGAACUUCGACUCCAAGAAGGCGUACAGGAAGCUGUCCGAGCGGCUGGUGAGACAGGAGAGACCGGACCUGUGCGGCAGGGCCGUGACGUCGCUGGCGAAGCGGAGGUUUGAGGAGAGCGCUCGGACGUUCAUGGAGGAGACGCUGCGGGCGGCGGUCAGAGGUCACCCCAGGGGAUUGUGGGGGUUCUACGGUUUUCCUGCCUGUUUCAAUAAACACAAGAGGAAGACAGAUCAGAGUUACACAGGACGCUGUCACAGAGGGACGAGGCGGCUGAACGACCGGCUGUCCUGGCUCUGGACUCAGUCCACUGCUCUGUACCCCAGUGUCUACCUGCCCCAGAGGCUGGCCGGGUCCCAGGACGCCGCUCUGAUGGUCAGACACAGACUGCUGGAGGCUCUGAGGGUGGCGGCACUUUGGCGCCAUGGCAACAACACCAGCCACAGCACGCCAGUUCUUUCCUACUCCAGACUGGCUUUCACACACACACUCAGCUUCCUGAACGAGACAGACCUGGUGCACACACUCGGGGAGAGUGCUUCACUCGGAGCUGCUGGAGCGGUGCUGUGGGGGGAGCUGAAAUUUGCCAAAUCCAAGCAUCAGUGCAUCCUCCUCAGAGACUACAUCCUCACAGUCUUGGGUCCCUUCGUACGCUCUCUGAGGUCAGACACUCGGCGCUGCAGCCAUCAACUUUGCCACGGCAACGGGCGCUGCACCAGGCGACGCCCCACCUCUGGUCACAUGGUUUCUUCAGGUCCUGCUAAGACCUCAGACCCUCAUGACCCCCCCGGUGUCAAACUUCUUCACAACCACUUCAUGUGUCAGUGCUACCCGGGCUGGACGGGACAGGAGUGUCAAACUGAACAUGAGGUGUUCACGUUGUAAUAAAAACACAUGAAAAUCAUUAAAUACAUUUGUGAAUUUA